UAGAAGCUGAGGUUUGGAGACCACAAUGUACAAGCUUAUUAGCUGCACGCUCCUGGUGGUCUUCCACGUCAGUAUUACAUUGGGACAUUUACCAAUAUAUACUCACUAUGACCCUUACACACGUGUCGAGCUGCAGUGUGACCAGUGUCCACCAGGAACUUUUGUAAGAUAUGACUGCACAGCCGAGAAGAGGACAGAAUGUGCCCCCUGCCCUUCCAAUUACUUUACCAAUGAAUGGAACUCUUAUAAGGACUGUCAGUACUGCAGUACCAUCUGUAAGGAGCUGCAGGUCUCCAAACAAGAGUGCAGUAGCACCACCAACAGGAUAUGUCAGUGCAUCGAUGGUUUUUUCCUGGACGUAGAGUUCUGUUCACCCCACAAGGAGUGCCCACCUGGCUAUGGAGUAGUACAGCAAGGGACUCCUCACAGUGACACCGUCUGUGGUGAAUGUCCAAAGGGGAUGUUCUCCAAUGUAACGUCAUCCACGGCUCCGUGUCAGAGACAAACUGACUGCAAAAAGCUGGGCCGCAAAGUGCUGCACAAAGGAAGUUCUACACAGGACACAGUGUGCAAAGAAGAAUCUGCCUCUUCAUGUGAAAUAGAUGUCACACUUUGUGAGGAGGCCUUGUUUCGGUUUCCAGCGCCUCCAGAGAACUGGAUAAUGACUCUCAUUCAGAGAUUUUCUAGCCUGGCUUUGACAUCACAGCAAAUAAAUAAAAUACAGGAAACCCACGACGCAAAGGAACAGCCGUUCUACUUGUUUAAAUUAUACAAGAGUCAAAGCAAAGCAGAUGACUCCUUCACCCCGCUCAUCAAAGAUUUAAAGGAGUGUGAGAAGGGAGUGUUUAAUCUCCUGGGACCCCUGAAUCUGACAAGCAAAAAUGCAAUGAUAUUAAUGCAGAGUUUACCAGGAAAACGGAUAAGGCCGGAAGAUAUUGAAAAAACCUUGAAGACGUGUGAGCGGCCCAAAGACCUAAUAAAACUCCUAAGUCUAUGGCGGAAUAAAAACAAAGGGAACACAAUCGAGGGGCUCAAACUGCUUAAAAUGCGCCAACUCCCGAAAGUAUUGCGCAAGAGGAUGAAGAAACUUGGACAAUUUCUAUCUGGAGAUUCCAUGUACAGUCUGUACCAGAAAAUUAUUCUGGAGAUUAAUGGCAACACCACACAAGCGGUAAAGCUGGAAUCCUUAUUAUAACCAGAGAAGAAGUCCCCGCGUGUCUACUGACCGUUCCAUCUCGUCUUCUACUCUCCCUAUCCCCUUCAGACUGGGGGUCCUGCCCUGGUACCUGCUGUAUAAGCUUUAUUUAUGAAAGUAUUUUUAUUAUAUAUGUUUUCAUAAGGAACUUUUUAUGAAACCCAAACAUGAACAGUGCUGAAGGAUACCAUUGCCUUACUAGAUAUGGUUCCUGUAUCAUCUCAUGUACUGGAGUCUUUUAUGUGUAUAUAAUAUGUGCUGGUAACCAAGACUGCUGUAUAUGGUAGAACUAUUAUAUUUAUACUACUUGGGAUUUUAUAUGUUUUUUCUAGAGAUGUAUAGUAUGUUUUGAUAUGUUAAUGAUAACGGAAGCUAACUCCCCUGCAGUAACUGAAUACACAGCAUUUUGUUACACACACACAUGUAAAUAUAUAUAUAUAUAUAUAUAUAUAUAUAUAUACUGUAUAUCUAUAUAUAAUAGCUGAAGUUUUGUUUAUAUUUCUAUGUUCAUACAUCAUAAAUGUCUGUUGGGUAGAAAGUUUGGGUAUUAAAUAUUGGGUAUUAAAAGAUCCUUUUCCAGUAAUCCAAGGCAAGAAUUUUCAACGCUCUCUUCAUUAUAGUCUAUUGGAGUUCAGUGCCUCGACUGCAACAAUAAUUCUUUUAGUCUUUAAUAGAAAGGUCUGUGCAAAUUAUUGCCCCUCUUGCUCAUCCCUUUCUUGGCCAUGGCAGCCAGUUCAGACUCCUUGAAGAGGCUCUCACAGAAACCAAUCCAGUCCUUGCUGAGGGAAUAUCAAAUAUCCUGCCAACUCCUUGAAGGAGUGAUCUAGUUUUCCACUUCUGAGAGGGAGUGAUUUUAGUUAGAGUGGAGAAGCUUUACAAGGUCCCCGUUGCCCUUUUGCUAUCCUACUGGUUCCAGAGCUUUAUGGAAAACUCGUCACAUCUCUGCCUAAAAAUGUGUCCUGUUACAAGACAUUGCAGCAUUUUUUAUCUUUUGCUGGGGCCAAAAGGAAAAUAAAAAACACAUACAAACCUACCUCAAUUUCCUCGGGGCUCACUUUAUGACGUCUUCCAGUCCAGCACUAUCGCUCUUGUUGCUACUUCUAAGACAGACGCUGUCACAGAACUAGCAGCAAGAGCAUUCAGUGGACGUUCAGAAGACAUCAUUGGGAGAGCCACGAGGGUUUGAGGUAAAAAUUUUAGCUCCAGUAAAAUGUAAAAAAAAAGUAUUUGGAAUACCCCUUUUUAUCCUUCCAAUUUCACUAACUGGAAGCCAGCGAGUGAAAAUUUACUUAGUAAUAUAUCUUUUGAAUUGUGGAUGAGAUGCACGAGAACAAACAUAAAUGCACCACUUACCCCUGAGAUUUGGAAGUAAUGCCUAAGGCUAUCGUCACUGCUUGGUCAUCUUACCAAUUUCUGUAGGAGCCAUAAAAAUCCCACUAAAACUUUAUAUAACACCACUUUUUUUUUCUUCAGACUCAAGUUGGCAUGUAAAAAGGUUAUCCUCACUGUCCUGUCCUCCACUGAUGUCCAGACAGUGCCAGACCCCCACUGAUAAGCACUUCCUAAUGAUUUCUCAACAUGCCGGAGAUGCCCGCUCAGUCAGUCAAUGGUCGUAGCAGUGAUUGGCUGAGCAGGUAUUUCCGACACGGCCAAAUGGAAGCUCUGAUCAGUUGGACCAGGCAUUGUCUGGACAGCAGCGGCGUGGGAUCAGGAGGGUAGGUUUCACUUCAUUUUGUUUUCAUGUUUUAGGCUCUAAAAAAUACUAUUAGCUGGAUAACCCCUUUAAAACCGUUUAUAACUCAGCAUUUUGUUUCUAUUAAGUGAUUUACAUACUCAGAUACCACCAUAGUAAACCAAGACAAUUUCUUUUCAAAAUUAAAAUAAGAUAAAAUAGACAACAAAAUAUUACAUCUGGACACGUUAAAAAAAAUGUCAAUUAAACUUAACGAUCUUUACAGAACAAUAAAUUCUUAAGAAAUAAAAGCGAUGUAUUAUUAGAAUAAAUAUAACACACAAUCAGCAUGAUACAUAAAGGGAACUAAUGGCAUAAAACAACAAUCCAAUAGAAAGAGCAUGAAAUAAAAACAUGUUUUCAUUUUUGAAAAAAAAUCUGUUGUGCUGGACAACCCUCCAGUGAGUGAGUGACUUCUUUAUUAAGCUAGAUUUUUAUUUUUACUUUCAGUACUUAAAGGGUUACUCCACCCACAGACAUCUUAACCCCUAUCCAAGGAAUAGGGGAUAAGAUGUCUAAUCAUGUGGGUCCCGCCGAUGGGAACCCCGGCGAUCUCCCUGCUGCACCCAGCGUUCGUUUAGAGCGUCGGGUGCAGUGCCGGAGGCUUGUGACAUCAUGGCCACGCACCCUUAAUGCAAGUCUAUGGGAGGGGAGUGAUGGCCGUCAUGCCCUCUCCCAUAGACUUGCAUUGAGGGGGCAUGACCAAGAUGUCAUGAGCGGGGCGUGGCCGUGAUGUCACAAGCCUCCGCCCCGCAUCGCCAGUCAUCUAGCACGGAGCGAAGUUCACUCCUUGCACAGGUUGUUUAGGGUGCCGCAGCCAAGAUCACGGGGGUCCCCAGCAGUGGGGCCCCCGCAUUCAGUCAUCUUAUCCCCUAUCCUUUGGAUAGGGGAUAAGAUUUCUAGGGGCGGAGUACCCCUUUAAACUAACAUAAAGGGGUUAGCCAGUUUAUAGUAUUUUGUAAAAUUGCAAAGCAGGGGUUACUCCCCUUUCCAAUCUUGACAAGCAGACAUCACAUGGUUGCAGCUAUCCAGUGGCUUCAGUGGCAUCACUGCUUAAUGAUGGGAGCCAUGAUGCCACUGAACUAGAAAGACAAGGGAGAGCGCUCCAUAGCGUAAUACCGCAGGUGCAGGGUCCAGAAAGUAAAAUAGGAGAUAUCCUUACCGAAUGCGGUUGUGUAAGCUCACACACAACAGUGGUCAGCGUGGGCGAGAGACAAGGUCCAGCCUGCAGCCUUCCCAUCCAAACAAGACAAUGGCAAAGAAAGGACUUCUGGUGGUGAUUGGAUUCAAUGGCGCUGGUC